AUGACCUUCAACAAAAACUUUCCUAUCAGUGAAUUUGCAGCUUUAGAAAACCUGGAGGUGUUGGAUCUAAGCAACUGUAACUUUAAUGGCGUUUCAAUAUUAAAGAAGUUGAAAUCAUUAAAUCCUGGGUACAACAGAUGUAAUGGAAGCGCUGCAACAUCUUUGAAUACACUGAAAAACUUGGAUCUUAGCAACAACCCUUUUUUAGGACCAUUUCCAGCUCAAGAAUUAGCUCAUCUCACUAACUUGGAGAAGUUGGAUUUAAGUUUCACCCAGCUCAAUGGCACACCAGAUAUCCAAGCUUUCACAUCUUUCCACCAACUCAAGGUCUUAGAUUUGAGUUGGAACCAUUUUGUUGGGAGUGUAACAUCAGCUAUGCAUGCAUUAUCUUCUCUAAGAGUUGUCUCAUUCGCAUACAAUUAUCUUAAUGGCUCAUUACCAGAUCAUGGGUUGUGUGAGUUGAAGAACCUCCAUGAGUUGGAUCUUAGUGGCAACAUGCUCCAUGGAACUCUGCCUGAGUGUUUGAAAAAUCUAUCAUCUCUUAAGUUGUUUGAUAUUUCUUCAAAUCAAUUCACAGGGAAACUUGUGCCAUCAUUCAUUGCUAAUCUCACAUCUCUCGAGUACAUUGAUUUUAGUCAUAACACAUUUGAAGGUUUAUUCUCAUUCAACUCGUUAUCCAAUCAUUCAAAGCUUGAGGUAAUUCGCUUUUUAAGCAACAAUGACAAAUUUGAGGUGGAAACAGAAGAGCCUAUAGGCUGGAUUCCAAUGUUCCAGUUGAAAGUUGUAAUGCUAUCUAGUUGCAAUAUGAAUAGGAAUAAAGGGCGUGUUCUUCCAGGGUUUUUACUACACCAGCACCAGUUACAAGAAGUAGACAUAUCUCACAACCACUUGGAGGGAAAAUUUCCAAAUUAG